AUGUCGCACAAGUUGUACCACGGUGAUCCUGGUAGAGAAAAUAAUUUUUGGAUUUAUCCAAAAGAAAAAGCAUUGGUCAACUCUCGUUGGGAUGCUUAUGAUCCAUCACAUCUGUGUAAUGAUUUUACUUUACUUGGCAGCAAUUUGUUUACUGGAGUGAGGAGAUACAAAUGUAAUGGUCAUGAAAAUGUCUGCUAUGGUGGUGGUAGUGGUGGCGUAGCUCAACCUCCUGUUUAUUCAAAUGUAAGUAAUAAUGAAGCACAUUUUAUGGAAAUGACGUCAGACGGUAAAUGA